AUGGCUACUCAGUCACAGCAUGUGGUCGGAAUCCAUUAUGCGGUGGGUCCCAAGAUCGGCGAAGGUAGUUUUGGAGUGAUUUUCGAAGGCGAAAACGUGCUUAACAACUCGUCAACGCCCGUGGCAAUCAAAUUCGAACCUAGACGUACAGAGGCUCCACAAUUGCGAGACGAGUUUCGAGCUUACAAGAUCUUGAAUGGCAUACCGGGUAUCCCCCGGGCUUACUACUUUGGUCAAGAAGGUAUGCACAAUGUGCUUAUUAUUGAUCUUUUGGGACCCUCUUUGGAGGAUUUGUUCGAAUGGUGUGGUCGAAAGUUUUCGGUCAAAACCACUUGUCUAGUGGCCAAACAGAUGAUUUCACGGGUAAAGUCUAUUCACGACCGAGAUCUUAUCUAUCGCGAUAUCAAACCUGACAAUUUCUUGAUCGCGGAGUAUCAACGGGAACGUGGGCAUGGGCAAAUAGUUAAAAGUUGUGCCGCAACGGCCGAAGGGAACCCCAAUUUGAUAUAUGUGGUCGAUUUCGGUAUGGCCAAACAGUUUCGGGAUCCACGUACCAAGCAGCAUAUCCCUUAUAAAGAACGCAAGUCUCUCAGUGGUACAGCACGGUACAUGUCGAUCAAUACGCAUUUUGGACGUGAACAGUCACGCAGGGACGACUUGGAGUCCUUGGGACACGUUUUCUUCUACUUUUUACGCGGAUAUUUGCCCUGGCAGGGCCUGAAAGUCGCCAACACGAAACUCAAAUACGAAAAAAUUGGUCUUACCAAACAAAAACUUCGACCCGAGGAUUUGCUCCAGCAGGGCAUUCCCGAGCAAUUUGCAACUUAUCUGGCUUACUGUCGUGCCCUGCGGUUCGAACAAGAACCCGAUUACGACUAUUUACUUUCGCUGAUGGACGAAAUAUUACAAGAACGGGGCCUCGAAGACGAUAACUAUUAUGAUUGGAUGGAUUUGAACGAUGGACAAGGUUGGAAUAUUCAAGUAAACCGUAGAGCUAAUUUGCACGGUUACGGGAACCCGACACCACGUACGUCUCAGGGCGCAAGACGCACGAACCCGCAUGCACGUCGAGACUCGUACUCUAAGGCGCAACGACUCAGAACUCAUAUGAAUAUAACAACUGCAAACAAAGACAAAAAUUCGCCAGUGAUUCAAAGCUACGAUUCUAUGGGCCAACGUCACGGUGGUCGUGCCGGAAGUCAGCUGCCGGAGACUGACUCCCUAGAGGAGGAAGGGUGUUUCAAGAAGUUAUGUUGCUGGUGCUAA